CGCCACUCCCUCUCCCUCGACCAGCGCCGCGCCCUCCGCCGUUGGGCCAACUCACAGACCAUCCGUCCUUCCCACAAGGCAUGUAUGGAGUGGUUCGCCUCACAGUACGGUCAGACCAUCAGCCAGUCCACCGUCUCGCACUCGCUGUCGCCAAAGUACGCGCGCCUCGAUGGCGACCCCCAGCUGUCCGGGUCCCGCCUGCGCUUCGGUAACUGGCCCGACGUCGAGAAGCUGGUGCUCAUGUGGCACCACAGCAUGGUCAACACCGGCCGCCAGCCCAGCAACGAGGAGCUCGCCGACAAGGCCAAGAGCAUCUUCCAGCAGCUCCCCCGCUACAAGGACGAGCAAGCCCCCGAGUUCUCCCCCGGCUGGAUCCACCGCUUCAAGAAACGCUACGGCCUGCUGAUCCGCCGCCAGCGCCGGCACGGCAACGCUGCGCCCUCGCAGGACGACCUCCCCUACCUCGUCGACACCGUCCCUCGCCUGAUGAACGUCUCCGCCAACACGAGCCUCGCGGCAAUAAGAGAGACCAUCAACCGCAUCAUCGGCGCUCAGCCGUCCCUUACCAUCUGCUCCCGCGUGAGGCACGAGAUCGUGCGGAGGCUGAACCACCAGAUCAACCAUAAUGGCCAGCCGAACCAGGCCCACCUGCCUCUAGACGCUGCCGACCCCCACCAUGCCACUGACCACAGCAUGGAUGGCGGCGAGCAUCACUACGGAGAAGACGACGACCCCGAAAUCAUGCUCCAGAACGCCCUGCACGCCCUGCAGCAGGAGGAGGCGGACGUGGAGGCGCACGCGGCCGAGGAGCGCGAGUCGCGCGAAAGGACAGAGAGGGGAAUAUCGUCGCUGGCUCCUCCUCUAAGCGCGAGUGGCUUGACGUAUGCUCAGCACGCCGCAGCAGGUGCACUGGCCACACCUGUCAAGAAUGGCGUCGCUGCACCGAACCAGCCGCACGAGGAUCGUUUCACACCCGUAGGCGGAGGAGCUGAGGAUCUGAACCUCACACCGAUCCCGUCCAACGGGCCCAUCUCCAGUACGGACCGGCCCCAGCGAUGUCCAUUUUGCAUCAACCAGCGGAUGCUCAGGACGAUCAAGGAGGCUAUCGAACAUAUGGCCACCCAUGUGGUGGUCUGA